GCAUUGCUUUCCUUAACUGUGCUGUACAUGGUUUGAGAGAAUCAGCAUGGCGGUCAUCCUUCUUAACUGCAUCACUCUGGGUAUGUACCAGCCAUGCAGUGACCUAGAAUGCUCCUCCACACGCUGUAAGAUCCUCGAAAAGUUUGACCACUUCAUCUUCGCCUUCUUUGCUGCAGAAAUGAUUGUCAAAAUAAUUGCCAUGGGAGUGUAUGGGAAAUAUACGUAUCUAGACGAUUCCUGGAACCGCUUAGAUUGUUUUAUUGUGAUAGCAGGAGCCAUUGAGUAUGGUGUUGACAGCGAGAACCUCAGUCUUUCAGCAAUAAGAACCAUUCGAGUUUUGCGUCCAUUACGUGCUAUAAAUAGAAUUCCAAGUAUGCGGAUCCUUGUGAUGCUGCUGCUGGACACCCUACCUAUGUUAUGGAAUGUCCUUCUGUUGUGUUUCUUUGUCUUCUUUAUUUUUGGAAUAAUUGGAGUUCAGCUCUGGGCAGGAGUACUACGAAACAGGUGCUUCCUGGACGUUAGUGAAAAUAUUUCAUAUUCUUAUGCAAAUCUUAGUCCAUACUAUGUCCCUAAGAAGAUUGGUAGUAUGCCCCAGGCAGACUACAUUUGUAGUAAAACAGGGGAGUCGGGGAUGAGAUAUUGCUCUGGACUGCCUCGGUUUGAGUAUGAAGGCAUUAAAUGUAAUGCCUCGGCUCGACCGUUCAGCAAUAACACGCCCACAAACGACUCGUGUGUAAACUGGAACCAGUACUACACAAACUGCACGGCAGGCGAUAAAAAUCCGUUCCAGGGCGGAGUGUCGUUUGACAACAUUGGACUUGCUUGGGUGGCCAUAUUUCAGGUAAUUAGUCUGGAGAGUUGGGUUAACAUUAUGUACUACGUGCAGGAUGCUCAUUCUUUUUGGGACUGGAUCUACUUUGUUGCUUUAAUUGUGAUUGGAUCAUUUUUCAUGAUAAACCUGUGUCUGGUAGUCAUAGCAACACAAUUCUCAGAGACAAAGAAGAGAGAGACAGAAAGAAUGAUGCAGGAGAGAAAGCGAUUUCAAUCCUCUAGUACCCUGGCCAGUAACUCGGAGCCGGGAGGGUGUUACGCAGAAAUCCUCAAAUAUUUAGCUCACUGUUGGCGUCGUGCCAAACGAAAAGUGCUCAGAGCCUAUUACAAUGCUAGAGGCAAAACCCACAAGAAUAGGAAGGUUAAACCUGAACUGUCACUGCGACGCAAACGACACAAAGAGAUUCCUGAGGAUCUAUUAGAAGCCAUUAAUGACAAACAGAUUCAGAAUCUGGUGAAUAGCAUAGAGAAACAAGGGGGUGGUCCUCGAUGUCAUCAUGUGACACACGAUGUUCCCGAGUCUGAGGACUCUGAGUCCAAAGACUCGCACAACGAACCAAAAACAAUUUGUGGCAUGCUUGCAGCUUGUAAAAAGAACUUCCAGCAGGGAAUGAAGACCUUUGUGGAACACAGAUUUUUCCGUCAAGGGAUUCUGACAGCUAUUCUGAUCAACACCCUUAGUAUGGGCAUAGAAUAUCACAACCAGCCUGAAGAACUAACAGAAGCCCUUGAGUACAGUAAUUUGGUUUUCUCUAUUCUUUUUGCCGUGGAAAUGUUUUUCAAACUUUGUGCUUAUGGAUUUGUUGGCUAUAUUCAAGAUGGAUUCAAUGUCUUUGAUGGAUUUAUUGUAAUUCUAAGUAUGGUUGAAUUAACACAGCAAGGAGGAGCUAGUGGUCUAUCCGUUUUAAGAACUUUCAGGUUGCUACGGAUACUGAAGCUUGUCCGUUUCCUGCCAGCACUCCGCAGACAGCUUGUGGUCAUGCUUAGGACAAUGGAUAACGUUGCCACCUUCUUUGCCUUAUUAGUUUUAUUUAUUUUUAUAUUUAGCAUUCUGGGAAUGAACUUAUUUGGCUGUAAGUUCUGUAAAACAAAGCCAGAUGGGUCCCGAUAUUGUAACCGCAAGAAUUUUGAUUCCCUUCUCUGGGCAAUUAUAACGGUGUUCCAGGUACUGGGCAUGAAUCUGUUUGGUGGCAAAUUUUGUUGGCGUGGCAAUGGUACGCUCUGCACAUGUUUGGAUGCCCUUGACCCUACAAUGGACUGCCAGUGUGAGAGGGCCAAUUUUAACACUCUGUUAUGGUCAGUGGUAACAGUUUUCCAGGUGCUAACACAGGAGGACUGGAACACGGUUCUUUACAAUGGCAUGCAGACAACUUCUGCGUGGGCCUCUCUGUACUUCAUAGCCCUGAUGACCUUGGGAAACUAUGUACUGUUUAACCUCUUAGUCGCCAUAUUGGUGGAAGGAUUUUCAACAGAGGAAGAAGAAAAGAAAAAAAUGAAGUUAGAAAACAAAGAAAAAGAGCUUCAGAGCAUUUUGUCAGAAACCAACAAUAAUGAGGAGAAAAAUGAGAGCAUCAAACUAAAGAGUCUGGAUAUCGUUCAAGGCAAAAUUAACAACACAGAGCGAGCCAAAAUGCUGGGUGUAGCCUGCCAAAAUCCCACUGUUAAAGAUGACAAUGCCAAGACCAGCCCCCCAACCACCACCCAGCCUGACCUGAACCCCCCAAUCAUCACACACACAGCUGCCACACCCAUGCCAACACCCCAAGGAUCCCCCAAUGAACAUGGCCCAAAGGAGUGCAAUAAAGUCACCCUGUGUGUCCAUCCCCCGGUAGAAAUGAGUACGCUGUCUGUGAGGUCAUCUUCUACAAAUUCCAGCUUACGAGCAUCCCCACGUCUUUCACCUCGCCUCUCCCCACGAAUUUCUCCAAGACCAUCACCUUGCCUUUCUCCAUGCCUUCGUAGAUCUUUAAGUUCUGGUAGCCGUAGCAACAGCUGGAGGAGAGGUCGUUCACAGGAUGGGGACAGGAAGUGCCUUGUUCCCGAGUGUAAGAUUGACAGCAUGGAUACUGACGAUGACGAAGUCUUUCAACUGACUUGUCCGUCACCGACUGUAAAUAGAAAUGAAUGUAAUGGCCACCUCCCCCUGAACAAUCAGAGGACUCUAAGCCCCCAGAAUUCUAUCAAACGGCCAGUCCCAUCCCCGAGGAACUCCUUCAAGACCCGCAACAAUUCCUGUAGCAGCACACAGAGCAACUGUAACUCCAUCCUCCUCAGUCGACAAAACUCCUUCAACAGCAGACGUACGCUCAACUCGCUGUCCUCAAUGAGUGCAGUACUCAAGGAGGAGGUCAAACAGAAUAACCUGACAGAGGGCACCACCUCUCCCACCCAGGUGGAGGUCAGUCUGACUGGAGUAGAGGGAGAAGAGGACCCUGAUGCUAUAGACGAGACGAACUGCAGCUACUCUUGGUGUCCUGAGCCACAUGGCUGCUUUAAGACCCGACACGAACACGCCCUGUAUUUGCUGGCUCCUAACAAUGCGCUGAGGAGGGUGUGUCAUCAUUUGAUGGCCCAGCAGUGGUUCGACAAUACCGUGCUCUUCUUUAUUGCUCUUAACUGUAUAACCUUAGCCAUGGAGCGACCCAACAUACCCCCGGACAGUGUUGAAAGAGAAUUCUUGAAUUAUUCCAAUUACGUGUUUACUUGUGUGUUCACUGUGGAAAUGAUGAUAAAGGUGUUAGCUAAAGGCCUGGUGAUAGGACAGCACGCGUACCUGAAGAGUGGCUGGAACGUCAUGGACGGUUUUCUCGUAGUUAUCUCCCUUGUGGACAUACUUAUCUCCAUCUCCGCUGAUAGCAGCCCAAGAAUUUUUGGAAUUUUAAGAGUUUUUAGACUUCUUCGAACUCUGCGACCACUCAGAGUUAUUAGCCGAGCCCCGGGCCUGAAGCUUGUUGUACAAACUUUAUUAUCUUCCCUUCGACCAAUUGGAAACAUUGUUCUUAUUUGCUGCACAUUUUUCAUUAUAUUUGGCAUUCUAGGAGUUCAGCUGUUUAAGGGGACAUUUUAUUAUUGUAAAGGCCCUAAUGUCCAAAACAUCAAGAACAAGACACAGUGUUUGACUGAAGACAAGAAAAAUGUCUGGAUCAACCAGAAGUACAAUUUUGAUGAUCUUGGACAGGCUUUGAUGGCCCUGUUUGUUCUGGCAUCUAAGGAUGGUUGGGUCAGUAUCAUGUACACAGGUCUGGAUGCAGUCGGCGUAGACCAGCAGCCGAUAGAAAACUACAGUGAAUGGCGACUGCUUUACUUCAUCUCCUUCCUGCUUUUGGUCGGAUUCUUUGUUCUCAACAUGUUUGUGGGCGUUGUGGUAGAAAACUUUCACAAGUGUCGACAGGAUCAGGAAAUAGAAGAACGAGAACGUCGUACUGCAAAACGGAAACAUAAAAUGGAGCAGAAAAAAAAGAGUGAGAGUAAAACGGAGACAGAGCUAAAUCGACCCCCAUACUGGGCAGAUUACUCCGCAAGUCGACUAAUUAUACACCAGGUUGUUAACAGCAAAUACUUUGACCUUGCUAUUGCUAUGGUUAUAGGGUUAAAUGUCAUCACCAUGGCAAUGGAAUACUACAUGAUGCCAGCGGAACUAGAGUUUGCCCUGAAGAUCUUCAACUAUUUUUUUACAAGUGUGUUUAUUAUUGAGGCCUCACUGAAGAUUUUAGCUCUGGGCCUGGUACGAUACAUCAAAGACAGGUGGAACCAGCUUGACAUGUUUAUAGUAAUUCUGUCUAUUGUUGGGAUCAUUCUGGAGGAGAUGAAAACAAACGUAAUCCCAAUCAACCCUACCAUUAUCAGGGUCAUGAGAGUGCUUAGAAUUGCAAGAGUGUUAAAGCUGUUGAAGAUGGCGAAGGGAAUCCGUGCACUGCUGGAUACAGUAAUUCAGGCUUUGCCGCAGGUCGGCAAUCUCGCCCUACUUUUCUUCCUUCUCUUCUUCAUCUUUGCGGCCCUCGGAGUCGAACUGUUUGGAAGAUUAGAAUGCUCUGAGGCCCACCCAUGUGAGGGGUUGGGAGAACACGCCCACUUUAAGGACUUUGGGAUGGCAUUUCUGACCUUGUUUAGAGUAGCCACUGGCGACAACUGGAAUGGAAUUAUGAAGGACACCCUUCGUGAUGAUUGCGACUCCUCGGAGAAAUGUCUGACAAACUGCUGCGUCAGUACGUUUAUUGCCCCCGUCUUCUUUGUGGUGUUUGUCCUGAUGGCUCAGUUUGUUCUUGUAAACGUGGUGGUGGCCGUCCUCAUGAAACAUUUAGAGGAAACAUACAAACAUAAGGAGAUCGAUGAUGAACUCGAGGCAGCGUUCAAGAUGGAGUGUAGCGUCAAUAACGAGAUGCUACGGUUAACCGUGAAGGAGUCGCACAGAUUACUGGAUGAUGACGGAGGAAAUGCUGACGAUCAGGAUAAGACUGGUGACGAGGACGGUGAGGAAGAAGAUGGGGAAGAUGUGGAUGGCAAUGCCGCUAUCAAAGAGGAGGAGGUGCCUGCUAUAAUUGGGACCCCAAGGCCUGCAUUCCCUCGUAGACUACGUACCCCGGUCUGUAAACAGAUUUCUUUACCUCCCAGCUUUACUUUCCGACCUCCGAGUAAUGAACCUCCAUAUGAAGAUGACAAAGGUCAGUUAGUUCCAGUGGACAUCACAAUCUCUAAUUAUGGAAGUUCUAUGGAGGUCAGUCUUGAUAUGUCUGGAUCCAGUCUGGACAUCCCUCCCUCCCCAUACUCCUCCAGUUACUCUGAUAAUUCCAGUUAUGCCGAACCCACAGUGGAUGAGAAUACAUUAGGCAUUCCACGAAUGACAGAGGAAUCUCAUAGAAAAUCCACCAGUCCACAGCAAAAACAACGAUUAAGGGACAGAAAGUUAGUACGACAGAAAAGUUGUGAAUACGAAAGUCCCCCUGCCACAGCACAUGUGGAGCCGAUACGGACUCCUAAUAUAGCUCGCUGUGAGGCAGCAAGCUGUGAUAAUCCAGUGUCAAUGUCACAGCCCAUGCUUAACAAGAAUUUAUAUGAGCAUGGUGAGGAAGGCUCAAAAGUGAACAAGUCACACAAUCCCAUCAUCAAACUGAAGUGUUUACAUCGGAGUCAGAGUAGUGGUUCAGAGAAAGUUAGGCUGAGGGAGAAACACGUGGCAGGUGCUCGAGUUCAAAUGAGACCUACCACUCUUCAUGCUCUAGUGAAUGCUUUAUCGAAUUACUCACAAGAACAGAACUCUCUAACCUUGCCAAAUGUUCAAGUGACACAGAAUUCUCCUGUGAUAUGUAGGAAAAAACAAGGUCAGCAUCGUAAACGAGAGGGGACUCAAGUGCCCUCCCCAAACCCCACUCUUCCUCACAGAAAUUCCAGUUCUAAACAAAGUCUGGUCAAGCGGAGUAGCACCUAUGAGUCUGAUUCCUGUGAACUCUCUGGCCCCGACUGGGCAGCCGAGGAGGCGGCCUGUGACGAGGAGGUCCGUCUAAUCACGGGUGACAGUACGGACCACGACGACAUCGAGGACUUAGAGUGUGAAGAGGUGACCUCCAGUUAUCCCUUAGUUAACGACCACCUCAGUAAUCAGAGUGGGGAUCACCUCAGUAUAGGAAAUUCCAGUAACUCUCAAGACACUCUGGUCUGUGAUGAUCAACAUUCUAGAACCCAGAGAAAAAGUUAUGAGUGUUGUGUGCCGUGUGAAAGUGCAUCAUCUAUUCCUAACUCCCCCUCCCAAGCCCAGAUCUCAGUGCCUUCCCUAGACCCCUGUGUGUUAGUUAACCCCCCUUCUCCUGACAAGAAAUCUCGUAGAAUCAGUUUGAAUAGUGACAGUAAGGAGAGCCAGAGUAGUGAUACAGACCUCUCAGGGGCCGAAUGUCCCUAUGAUUCAGAGGAACCCAUGUUAGACAACUCAGGGGACUUAACUCCUGUUACAGCCAACUCGGGGGCGUGUCUCAAUGUUCCUGUGAUAACAUCUGAUGACUCUUGUGUCAGAAGGCGGACUCCAAACUUAGUACAGCAGACAAGUGAGUCCUGACGGUCAUAGGUGAAGGGUAAAAGGUCACUAGAAUCAGGAUCUGGGUGUUGACACAUUAAUGAGGGGUACCCCUCAGAAGUUUUGUUCUCCAGUAGAGGGCAGCACGUUCUAAAGACUUGUGAUGAUUUUGAUGGAUGGAAUUCACGUACUUGUUUUAUUUUUAUGUUUGUCCCGUUUCCUGCAUGGCUUGCCUGUCUAACAGAGCAGAUGAGAGUUUUCUCCCUUUGUAUAUCUUGAACAUUUUAUAAAUUCAGGUCAUUAUAAAUGAAUAGAAUGAAAGUUGUAAAAAAUUAAUGAAAGUGUUUUAUAUAAUCUUAAUGAAAGAAUCUGGGUGUUCAAUGAAAUCAUUUAGAAAUUACAUAUGUUUUAUGAACUGGUAUUAUGGAUUGCAGAUGACGAGUUUAGGGAGUAUAAAAGUUUCAUGUGGUGUAAAUAUUUUGUGGUAUGACAUACAUGACUAGAGCUUCAUUGUUAACAUUUUUUUAACUUGUGAAGAACUAAUUCAAAAGCAACAGAAAAAAGCCAAAUCCUUUUAAUGUAUAUCCAUCUGUGACCAAUGCAACAUUGAUGUAAAUGUCAGGAGUGAUCUUUUAUGUGUGAGUGACAGUUUUACUUCAAAUGUUUCCACAUAUCAUUUGUUUUAAUGUAUUCAUGACCUCCAUAUAUUUGUGAUGUUAUGAACAAUAUCAUUGUGAUUAAAGCUUUCUCAUAGAUCUCAUACCUUGUACCACCUUCAGGUCUGUCUGUGAAUUUAAUCUUAUUUUCAUUUCCAACUAAACUUCAGGUUUUCUAGAAAAUAUUUUAAAUUUUUUUAUGUCAUGAUUAUAUACCAUGCAUGGCAAUGGUUCCAUUGCACUAUGAUUUGGUCUUGACGAUGAAGUGAAAAAACUUCAUCAUAUGUAAAUUCUUUUCACCAUGAAAUAUUUAUAUAAUGAAAUUAAUUUAUGUCUUAAGUACAGCUGUACUUAAAAUUUUAAACUUAAAUUUUCACAUUAUGAAUAAUCUCAACUUUUACAAAUAUCAAUCAGAAUUUUAGAUUAAUAUUUAUUUAUAAAUGACUUGGGUUAAGUGCAAUAUUGGUGAUUUUGUAAUAGAGUUCUAUAAUAACUUGAUGUGAUAUUUUUUCAACGAAGGUGGUUGUUGCCAUAUUGAAGAAAAUGAUUUUUAUACCGAUGUGAUCCCUUUUUUUGUUUAACAAUACUGAACUUUAAGACUUGUUUAUGUAAUCUAUUGUAUCACAUAGACUUGUUUGACUUGCACUUAUAAUUUCUGACUUACUUGACUUGUAAAUGUUAUCUCUAUUAUAUUGACCUGACUGAACUGACUUGUACAUCAAAUCUCUAUUACAUUUACCUGAUUGACUUUUACAUGUAAUCUCAAUUACGUUGACCUAAUUGACUUGUAUAUGUAAUCUCUAUUACAUUGACCUGAUUGACUUGUAUAUGUAAUCUCUAUUACACUGACCUGAUUGACUUGUAUAUGUAAUCUCUAUUAGACUUACCUGAUUGACUUGUAUAUGUAAUCUCUAUUACACUGACCUGAUUGACUUGUACAUGUAAUCUCAAUUAUGUUGACCUGAUUGACUUGUACAUGUAAGCUCAAUUAUGUUGACCUAAUUGUAUAUGUAAUCUCUAUUACAUUGACCUGAUUGACUUGUACAUGUAAUCCUUAUUACACUGACCUAAUUGACUUGUAUAUGUAAUCUCUAUUACAUUGACCUGAUUGACUUGUACAUCAAAUCUCUAUUACAUUGACCUGAUUGACUUGUAUAUGUAAUCUCUAUUACAUUGACCUGAUUGACUUGUACAUGUAAUCUCUAUUUCACUGACCUGAUUGACUUGUAUAUGUAAUCUCUAUUACAUUGGCCUGAUUGACUUGUAUAUGUAAUCUCUAUUACACUGACCUGAUUGACUUGUAUAUGUAAUCUCUAUUACAUUGGCCUGAUUGACUUGUAAUCUUUAUUACAUUGGCCUGUUGACUUGUACAUCUAACCUCUAUUACAUUGAAAGUUUGACUUGUAUAAGUGAUCUUUAUAAUAUAAAUUUGUUCAAUUAAUUGCACUCUCUUACAUUGACCUGAUCCACUUAUAAUGUAAUCUCCCUAGUACACAAGACUAAUAUUUGUUCUAUUACAUUGACCUGAUUGACUUGUAGAUGUAAUUUUUUUUAGCAAUGCUCCGUUUCGAAAAACUGGCCAUUCACUGACUCAUACAUGUCAAUUCUUUAUAUACAUUUAUGUACAUAUCAUAUCUUUUAGUAAUAAAUAUGAUCUUAAAUACUACAUUACAUUUUUUGCCCAUCAAUUUAACAAAUUUAAUGCUUUUUACCAGAUUUGUACUUAUUUUUUUUUACAUAAUCUUUUCUUUUUAUUUAUUUUUAAAACAGGAAACAGACCUUCUAAACAUUGAAGAGAUAUGUUUCACAGAAAUUUUACCAAUUAAUCUCGGAAUGACUACUGGCGUAAAUAAUAUAAAAAUCCUUUAGCAGUUGAAUUCUUUUCAUGCAAUACCCUUAUAGCAGACUAAUCUAUAAGUCAGUUAAUUCAUUAUUUCCUUAUUCCGACAACAUGACAUGCAUGUGAUGCCUGAUUAUAAUGCGUGAAAGAUGGUGUAGUGAUAUGAAUUAUUUUUGUCUUCACUAGCUCAGGUAGUUAGGUCACCUUUUGAAUGGUGUUUUUAUAAGAAAUCCUGCGACAGAUUCAUUGUGUACAGACAGUUCUCUUUUGUAAUGUUUUUUUUUUGUUUGUUUUAUCACAUUUUGUGUAUAUUUAGACAUUCACGAAUUGAUAAAAAUUAAAAAUGGAUUUUAAAUCAUA